UAUCUUUUGGCAAUAGUUUGUCCGCUCUCUCUCCCGCAUGCAUUGAGGAUGUGCAAUCAUGGAGAGCAUUGGUUCUUGAACAAAGGCCUGUGUAAUAUUUAUCUCUCAUCAGUCAUUAACUACCGCAAAAAUCGUCUCUUUCUCUCUCUCGAUUGGACCAAACUUCCCAAUUCCAUUUUCUCUCGUCACUGAUGCUGGGCGCAAAGUAGGUAGAGAGAGGAAUUCAGGUUUUAGAGAGAGAAGCAUCGCUUAGGGUUUCUCAAUUAUGCCGGUGUUCAAGUUUCCAUUCCAUGGUUACUCGGUGAAGUUCAGCCCCUUCAUUGAGACCCGCCUGGCCGUCGCCACCGCCCAGAACUUUGGCAUCAUUGGCAAUGGGCGGCAGCUCGUCCUGGACCUCACCCCCGGAGGCAUGGUUUCCCCGGUCGGCUUUGACACCUCUGACAGCGCCUACGACUGCGCCUGGUCCGAGUCCAACGAGAACCUCCUUGCUUCUGCCACUGGCGAUGGCUCCAUCAAGCUCUGGGAUGUCGCCUCCUCCUCUCUUCUCGUCAACCUCCACGAGCACACCCGCGAGGCCCACUCGAUCGACUGGAACCCCACCCGCAAGGACUCCUUUCUGUCGGCCUCAUGGGAUGACACCCUCAAGCUCUGGGCUGAGGGCAGGAUGCAAAGCAUCCGCACUUUCCGCGAGCACUCUUACUGCGUGUACAGUGCGGCGUGGAACCCCCGCCACCCUGAUGUCUUCGCAUCGGCGUCGGGGGACUGCACGAUGCGAGUUUGGGAUGUGCGCGAGCCGAACUCGACGAUGAUCAUACCGGCGCAUGAGGGUGAGAUUUUGACUUGCGAUUGGAAUAAGUACAACGACUGUGUGAUUGCAUCAGGGGCGGUGGACAAUUCCAUAAAGGUGUGGGAUGUGAGGAGUUAUCGGGCACCAAUUGCGGUUCUGAUGGGGCACAGAUAUGCGGUGCGGAGGGUGAAGUUCUCGCCCCACAGUGAGGGGAUGAUUGCUUCCUGCUCGUAUGACAUGACGGUGUGUGCAUGGGAGUACAGGGCGGAGGACGCACUGGUGGCGAGGUACGACCACCACACGGAAUUUGCGUUGGGCGUGGACAUGAGCGUGCUCGUCGAGGGGCUGUUGGCCAGCACUAGUUGGGACCAGGCAGUCUACGUUUGGCAGCAUGGGACCGACCCCCGAGCCUCCUAAUGUGUGCACGAUUCUGUGAACAGGUGGGCAAAUUGAGAGACUGUUCAUUGUGUGAGCGAGUGAGUUUCUUUUUUGCUGAAUAAUUAGGGUUAUUCUCCUUGCCUGCAAUUAUCCAAAUAUAAUAAAUAGGAUCUAAGAUUUUUUUUGGGGUUCAUGGGAGGAACUAUAGAUAGCAUGGAAAUUGUACUUUAAAAAACUAUGCUCCAUUUUCAUUUUACCUUUCUCCAAGGGCAAAAGGCUCCAUGCCAAUCUCAUCACAUCUUUCUUCUCUGCAAAUGUUUUUAUCUGAAGAACCAUCAUGAAUAUUUAUGUGAGAUGUGGAUGCUCAAAUUAUGUACAUAACGUCUUUGAUGAAAUGCAUAGAAAGGAGUUUAAUCUCA